AUGGAUACUUUUAGUGAUUCUUCGUCUUAUUCAGAAUCACUGUCUGGAUCCAUAACUAAUGAUGAUGAACAAAUAUUAUUCGAAAGCAAUUCUGAUUAUUCUGAAGAGUCUCAGAGUUCAGAAUACAAUAGUCAAAUUGAUGAUAAUAAAG